CACGGCGCGCUGCAGGACUGCGCUCCUCUGCUGCGCGCUUCAACAGUCAGUGUGACGCGCGGACUUCUCCAAGUUAAGAGUGCGAGAUCAUCCCGAGACGUCAUCUACUUUUACUACACCGAGAACAAAAAAAACAGGGACUAAAAGGUUCAUCAUGGGAAACCUGUUCACCAAAAAGCAACAAGCCACAGUGAACAGUGCUAAAGCUGCUGCCCCUCAACAGAAGACUGCAGAGGAGCCAGCAGUGACACAGCCAGCAAAGGACUCUGGAAUAAUACAGACUCAGGAGGCUGUUGAGCCAGAGAACCCAGAUGUGGUGGUGGGGGAGUCAGUGAAAGUGGUGGCGCGUUUACCCUCUGAAGAGUGUACGUCAGAGUGUAAAGCGCCAGAGGCUCCUGCUGCCACAGCCCCACAAAAUAAUGCUGAACCAGAGUCUGUGGCAAAGGAAUCCCCAGCUCCGGUCCAACCUGAGCCUCUGGUAUCAGUCGGUGAACCAUCACUUCCACAACCAGAACCUGUUGCUGAAGCUCAGCUUGCUCCAGAACCAGCUCCAGAGCCUGUUCCUGAACCAGAGCUUACCUCAAAGCCAGAGGAAGAAGUUAAAGCAGUCCCUGAACCCGUCUCAGAGUCAGUACCAGACCCAGCUGAGGAUAUGGAGCAGCAGACAGUGAUGCUUACCCAAGAGUCUCUCCCUGAGCCUGAGAUUUCAUCGCCCCCUUUGAUCGACCUGGGUGUCUCUGAUGCAACUCCCCAACUUAUUGACACUCCUCCCAUCUCUGCUGCAGUCAGCGCAGACGAACCCUCAGACAUCCCGGUGACUCAGGAGUGCCAAGACAGCGCUGAGGUUUCUGCGAUUUCCACGCUUGAGGCAGAAAGGUCUGAGGAAACACCAGAAGAAUCUCUGGAAAAGCAGAUGGAGGCAGAGGCUGCAGGGAAUUUGGAGCAGCUUGUGAGUGAUGUUAAUGUAGAGAGUGUUAGCGGACUCCUACAGAACUUAGAGCUGAAAGGAAAUGAUCUUGUUGCUGACCUCAUUCCCACUGAUGUCAAGAUCCCAGAUGAGACUCCCAUCACAGACACGAGCAUGUCCACUGAGCUGAUGUGAGUCCACAGAAGAGGAUUUAUGAAAGAGGUGUAUGGAUAUUUUUUCUGUGGAAACCCCCUUAAAUUAAAUCUGAAAUAAUCACAGAUGCAAUGGGGUUCUUUACACCCUGAACCCAAAGUGCCAAAUGAACUCUGGAAAUAACUAAUGUCCUGUCACACAAAAAAUCUGAAUAGUCAUACAUACAUGUUUUUUGUUUUUUUGUUUUUUCCAUACAUUUAUACAGAAGUGGGUGAGGGUUAAAGGGGCUCAAACAGUUUGAGUGUACUGACAACAGAGACCUUUCUCUGAGCAAAUUCAGCAAGCUUCAAACAAGAAUUUAAACAUAUUUCUUGUACAGACUUGAAGAAUGCUGUGCCAAUGCUAUAUAACAACCUUAUGCAAGGAAAACACAAAUAUAUAUAUAUUUUCAUUUUGAUUAAGUACAAAGAAUAAAAAGUAAUGGUGGAUGUAAGUUAAUGAAAUGACAGGCAAGGGACAGUAGCAAUGCAUUCGAAGAUGGAGUCAGUAUAUGUAUACUGCUAUACAGAACGGCAGGAAGUGUCUGAUUAACAUUUAUGCCUUAACAUAAGAUCCAAACAUUAUUGUUUGGAUCUUGCAAUAUUCCUCUAACAGGUGUGAUCAUCAUUUUAUUGUAUU